CUCGGCUUGACCCCAGUACCAACUUCAGGGGCUCAGAGCCGGGGCUUCUCUUGGCCACCGCCGCCUGAGAAUCCACUGGCAGGAGGUAGACUUUCCCAGGGUAAAAUUAAAACGUUUCCGGAGGAACAGCCCCAAGAACUCCCAAACAAUUGUCAAGCAAUCGAUAAAGGGCUGUUAAGCGGCGGUAAGAGGGAAGAAGGAGACACCCCUGCGGCAUCCAGCUCCCCCGUGCCCGAGAUGCUUUGGCCUGGGUAGAGCGGUGUGGGUACAGAUCGUGACGUCCACGCUUCUCCGCCGACUUUCCAGGAGGAGAGGCAUUACCGUGUUUUCCAAAGGUGCUUUCUACCUAAGGAUGCUGCUGCCCAGUACAGCUGUCGGGCUGUUCUACUGGCCGCAGUGUCUGGAAAUGUUUCUUUGUGGAAUUGCUGUUGUAUGUCCUCUAGGACUAAGGCCCCAUUCAACAGUUUGGGUGUAUUUUAUAACCCUGCUUCCUAGCCACAGGCCAGGGAGGCUUGGCAGUCAAGGAACUUAAAUUUGCAGACAUACCUCAGUUUAAUCAUGCUUAGUACUACACAAACUGGUUCUGUAUCUUUUACCAGGAGUGUGGGUUGCCUUUUUACGAAAACAGAGUCUCCUUAAGGUUGGCACUGAUAUCUCCUCAUUUCAGCUAUUCAUGGCUCACCUUUGUCUGGUUUUUCUAAAACGUGAUCUCUAAACGUGGUCUCAGCUCCAAGGCAAGAACAUAACUGUUAAUACCCUAGGAAAUUCUACCACCAUUUGAGUGAUUAAUAACAUAGUUCUGUGUGAUGUGCAACAUGGGGCCCCUAGGCUGCAGCCAGACUCCAGAGCUUUGCGCUACAUGAAAAGACUCUAUAAGGCAUAUGCUACCAAGGAGGGGAUCUCUAAAUCCAACAGAAGUCACCUCUACAACACUGUUCGGCUCUUCACCCCUUAUGUCCAGCACAAGCAGGCUUCUGUGGACCAGGUGACAGGAACGGUGCCAUCAGUGGACCUGCUGUUUAACCUGGAUCGUGUUACUGCUGUGGAACACUUACUCAAGUCAGUCUUGCUAUACACUUUCAACAACUCAGCUUCUUUCCCCUUUGCUGCUAAAUGCAUGUGCCACCUGGUGCUGAAAGAGCCAGAGUCUUCUAGCAAGACUCUCCCUAGAGUCCCACGUUCCUUUACCUUUAAAUUACAGUUUGAAUUUAGAAAGAAAUACAAAUGGGUUGAGGUUGAUGUGACCACCCUGCUUCAGCCUCUAGUGGCCUCCAACAAGAGAAGUAUUCACAUGUCUGUGAAUUUUACAUGUGUGAAAGACCAGCUGCAGCACCCUUCAGCAUGGGACAGUCCCUUGAACCUGGUACCUCCUUCACUGCUUUUAUAUCUGAACGACACACGUGCUCAGGCUUAUCACAGGUGGUAUUCCCUCCACUAUAAAAGGAGCCCUUCACAGGCUCCUGACCAGAGAGGUCUGUCUGCCUGCCCUAUGGGAGAAGAGACUGCUAAGGGAGUAAAAUCUUCCCGUCACCGGAGAAGUCAGGAAACUGUCAGCUCAGAAUUGCAGAAGCCUCUGGUUCCAGUUUCUUUUAAUCUGAGUGAAUACUUCAAACAGUUUCUUUUUCCCCAAAAUGAGUGUGAGCUCCAUGACUUUAGACUUAGUUUUAGUCAGCUGAAGUGGGACAACUGGAUUGUGGCCCCUCACAGAUAUAACCCCCGAUACUGUAAAGGGGACUGUCCGAGGGCAGUUGGGCAUCGGUAUGGCUCUCCAGUUCACACCAUGGUGCAGAACAUCAUCUAUGAGAAGCAGCUCGACUCCUUAGUGCCAAGGCCAUCGUGUGUGCCUGCCAAAUACAGCCCUUUGAGUGUGUUGACCAUUGAGCCCGAUGGCUCAAUAGCUUAUAAAGAAUAUGAAGAUAUGAUAGCCACUCAGUGCACCUGUCGUUAACAUGUAGCCCUCUAAACUAAAACCUUGAGCCUCUUUGGCAAAGUGAAUGCCCUGUGCCUACCUGUGUCUUCAGGACAAAGCUUCACGUGACAACUCUAAAUAUAAUGCAGUGUGUCUUAUAUAAGGAGUCUGUGUAAAUUGGCACAUUUUGUGGCUUCUAUCAGUGUAAAGGGAUAACAUCUGCUUUUUUUACUUGCAAAUGUAAAUGAAUGUAAUUAUUUUGGAGAGGUUUCCAUUUUUUUACCUAAGCAGUUUUUUUCUUCUUUUUUUUGAUGUUAAAAACUUAAUUAGCAUUAAUCUUGGAUGGGAUUGCAGCUCUAA